UGUUAAGUGGCUAUGUGUAAUUCUCUCCAGCUUCAGCCACAGAGCCAGACAAUCAAAGUGAAGCAGUGAAGUGUGUUUCCCAUCACUAAGGGCCAUGUCAGCAGCAAGCCCAUUAACUGCCAUGUGUAAUAACAACUCCUUAUCCUAUGCACAUGAUAAGGAAAGAGUCCCUCUUUCCAGUACUUUUGAUAAAGAAGUGGAGCUUAACAGGCUGUUUACAAAUACACCAUUUAGAAGAGGCUGUUUGCUACCCUAGAUGGUAAAUUAUCACUAAUGCAUACAAGGCUGUACCACCCCAACAAGCAAUACAUACAUAUGUAGAAUAUGGUAUGCUGGGCCCCAACACUAGGCUUUGUGGAGGAUGUGGUUACCUCCCAACACAACAGCAAAUCUCAGCUGAAAGAAAGUGCUGAAGUGGAAAGGAGACAGCAUGACAAAGCUCAGGAGUGCUGAGGGCUCUUGAACACUGCAGUUAUUUUGAGGUAGGAAGCAUUUUGCAUGGGAACAGGUGCUGUCAAGAUCAAGACCUUUGGGGCUUAUAGUAUGGUUUUGUGGAACACUGGGUAUAAAACCCCCAAAGUAGCUAUGCUACUCUGAAAAACUCUUUGCUCCCAGAGUGGUUCAUGACCAAGCAGUGAUCGGUGUCUUUAUUUACUAUCUUAGAAUUCUACAUAUUUAUGCAGCUAAAGGUAUGAGGGCGUAUACAUUGGCAGCUGCAGAGCGCAUGAAAUUGCUGCGAAGACUUGAUGUCAAGGAACACAGAGGAAAGACUCCUCUACUGGUGGCUGUCACUGCCAGGCAGCCAGCUAUUGUCUAUGAUUUAAUCCAGGCAGGAGCGGAUGUCAAUGCUGUAGACAACAAAGGGCAGUCAGCUUUACAUCUUGCUGCAACAUAUGGCUAUGCCCAAGUUCUUCAGGUUAUACUGUCAAUAGGUUUCCCUCUUGAUUUAGAAAUGAAGGAUUUUGAAGGGCACACUCCACUCCACUGUGCUGUUCUGGCCCACAAUUCCCUGCUCCGAGAACAGGCUUGCCCCAUGUUGCCUGAGGAACAGCAGAAAAUGCUUCAGCACCAGAGUGAAGAGCUGGAGUCCUGUAUCCAGCUCCUAGUGCAAACAGGAGCCUCCAUCUACAGCAGGGAUGUCAAAAGCAACAAGACAGUUCUUCAUUAUACAGUGCAGGAUGGGAACCUCUCACUGCUCAGAUACUUCUUGGAGUUGAAUGCUUUCAAAUCCAAGGACUUUGUCAACAACAAGGCCCAUGGCAACACAGCUCUGCACAUGGCAGCCGCAUUGCCUCAUGACAAGAACCAGAAAGAAAUUGUCCAGUUGCUCCUUGACCACGGGGCAGACCCAAGCAUCCGAAAUCUAGACAACGAUCAGCCAAUCCACAUGGCUCCUUCUGGAAAAGCUGGAGAUCAGGUUAGGCAUUUGCUGAAGAAAGGGAAAGUUGCAUCUGCAUUCAUUUCCUGUCACCAAAGUGCCAGAUCCUAGGUUGCCUGCAGCUUCUGGAAUGGCUUCAACCUCAGCUUGCUGAUUGCACUCUUAGGAAAAUCCGAACAUCCCUGCUCCUAGCGUCUUUAAAUCAGGGUGGGAUGACAGUGUUUCUCAACCUAUGAACCAUGAGUAACAUAUCAGAAGAUGAGCUUUCAAAUGUCUGAAAACUUUAUUUUGUUAACAGAUUGCUAAUAAGCCUCAAGCAUUGCUUGCAAACAAAGAGGCAAGCAAAACAAAUGGCUGUUACAUAAAUAAGCAACCUGUACUUGAUUUGGUGGUAACUGAAACCCAUAGUGGUGAAGGAACACAAGACAGUAAUUUGGUUAGAAAAGGUUGAGAAAUACUGCUCUCGGACAUGCUCAACCUGUGCCUCUGUUAGGUUCUGUAACAGAGGUACUGGUUGAAAUGUUGAAGCCUUUUUGAUGUGCAAUUACCUUCACUGUGCCUGCUAGCCUGGGAAUGCUGGAACCUGAGGGGGAGGAAAAGACUGGACAGAAGAGGUCAUGUCAGCUUGAGGAGUCAUCCAUGGCUGUAUUUUACUUGAGUGAAUGGACAUUUGAACUCAAGAGCUCUAAGAGAGGGUUUCUGCAAGCUGCUACUACCCCAUUUCUUAGCACUUUGUGGAAGAAAGCUGAAGCAGCUGUCCAUUGCCACAGCACUUAAGAAGAGAGAUGCUUGUAAGUGCAACUACAUGGGGAAGGUUCUCAGCAGGACAGGUUCUCAGCAGUACGGUUUUGUGUGGCUCCUGAGUGCUUCCCAGUGAAGGGGUUCCUCUUUGAGUCAUCUGAUCCAAUGCAAGUUUCCAGCUCUGAUGGCAAAUAGCAGCUCUGGAAGCACUUCAGGGUGAGGAGCUGAAACCUCACCUGAACUAAUGCCUGUAUAGGAGACCAAGGCUUCCUUUGGGUCUUCAUCAGCUUUUAGAUAUGGACAGGGUAGAAAAUCUUUGAGCUGUGUGUACAUGAACACAGCAGGGUCAGAGUGCAAUGUGGUAAGUGCUUUUCUAUUCCCAUUAUUAUCUAAGGGGGCGUUUUAAUAGAUUCUUCUUAUCCUUUCUGUGAAAUGAUUUGUGAAUUGCUGUGCAAUCAACUGGCAACACUGUCCGCUGAGUCAAUAUGACUGAAGGUAGAUGCCUGAUGGAAGAGAAAGCCAUGUUUUGACAAUCCCCUUCACAGAGGGUGUCUCGUCUUCAGUACACACUCUGAAUUAGAGUUCACUGAUUUCUCAGUGUUGCACAAGUUAUUAUUUCUAACAGGACUAAACAACAAGAUGAAGGGCAGAUGUCUGAAAUCACUGCUGUAACUUCCUUUAUCCCCCACUGACUAACUCAAAUGAGGGUUUUCUAAAGCACUUGUCAGACUCCCAGACCUGGACUGUUUAAACAACUGUUUAGCAGACUUGAACAAAAGUUCUUAAGAAAUGCAGAGAUCUCAGCUUUCACAGACCUCAUCUCUGCUGUUUUGCUAUUGCUUCUCACUACAUCAUAUUUACAAACCUGCCAACAUCCACUGACAAUAAAAAGCAGAGCUGUAUUUGCAUGUGUUUGCAUAAAUUUGCAUGUAUCUGGGCAUAGGCCAGCAAAAGCAUGUGCUUUAUUACUUUGAAGGGAUGUUACAGCAAGCCCUGAAUUGAAUGACAACUGCAUCAGUGAGUUAGUGCGGUGUGUCAAGACAAAAUGAUCAAUGAAAUUAUCCAUUUCUUGAACUCGCUAGUAAUAAGACUGUAAGAUUGUGACUAGCAUGUGGCAUGUGAUGCACUAGGGAAAAUGUAAAAAGCUUUUUUGCCAUUGAGAAAUGUCUGUGAGAUGGCAGAAAUCCUUUUGCAGCAAGUGAAAAAAAUACAUGAGCUGUUUACUA